UUAAUGGAAAUCUCCAUCCCAAAACUUCAUCCAUUGAGUCCUGCAGCUGCAGCCCUAGGCAAUGAACUCUACAAUGUACGAGACUACCACUGCCACUCGAGCAACUCAUCCAUCUUCACUCUUCCCACAAAUCACAAGAUGCAAAUCUAUCGCACAGCUUAAUCAAAUUCACGCCCACUUCAUCAAAACUGGCCUUGUUCGUGACCCUCUUGCUGCGGCCGAAAUUCUCAAAUUUCUCUCCCUUUCCAAUCACCGUGACGUCAACUACGCGCGUAAGUUUUUUGCUCAAAUUCGUGAACCCAAUUGCUUCUCUUGGAACACCGUCAUCAGAGCUUUUGCUGAAGCUGAUGAUGAUGAUAGUCAGAAUGAUAGCGAUUGUUAUAAGAACCCAUUUGAAGCGUUUUUAUAUUUUUGCCAAAUGUGUAGCGAUGGUUUUGUGGAACCCAAUAGAUUUACCUUCCCUUCUGUGUUAAAAGCCUGUACUAAAACGGCAAGGCUUCAAGAAGGGAAGCAGGUUCAUGGGUUUGUUGUCAAAUUAGGAUUGGAUAGUGAUGAAUUUGUUGCUAGCAAUCUUGUUAGGAUGUAUGUUAUGUGUGGACUCAUGGAGGAUGCCUAUGUAUUGUUUAUGAAGAACGUUUCUGAGUAUGAUAAUCCUAGCAAAUUACCUAGAGAUAAAAGGACACAAGAGGGUAAUGUGGUUUUAUGGAAUGUGAUGAUUGAUGGCUAUGUGAGGUUGGGGGACCUUAAAGCUUCCAGGGAGUUGUUCGAUAAUAUGCCUCAAAGAAGUGUGGUGUCAUGGAAUGUAAUGAUAUCUGGGUAUGCACAAAAUGGGCAAUUUAAGGAGGCAAUAGAGAUGUUUCACGAUAUGCAAAUGGGAGAUAUACCUCCAAAUUAUGUGACUUUGGUUAGCGUACUUCCUGCAAUUUCACGACUAGGUGCGCUUGAACUUGGUAAAUGGGUGCAUUUAUAUGCAGAGAAGAAUGAAAUUGAGAUUAAUGAUGUGCUUGGUUCUGCUUUGAUUGAUAUGUAUUCAAAGUGUGGAAACAUUGAGAAGGCAGUUCAGUUAUUUGAGCGGAUACAUAAUAAAAAGAAUGUUAUCACUUGGAGUGCUGUAAUUGGUGGGCUUGCUAUGCACGGUCGGGCAAAUGAUGCUCUCAAGUAUUUUAGGAGGAUGCAACAAGCUAGCGUGACACCCAGUGAUGUUGUGUAUAUUGGUCUACUGAGUGCUUGCAGCCAUGCUGGUUUAGUCGAAGAGGGUCGUUCAGUAUUCAAUCAUAUGUUUAAUUUUGCUGGUUUAGAACCUAGGAUUGAACAUUAUGGAUGCAUGGUUGAUCUUCUAGGUCGUGCUGGGCUUUUGGAGGAGGCUGAACAACUUAUACUAAACAUGCCUAUUCAACAGGAUGAUGUGAUAUGGAAAGCACUGCUUGGUGCCUGUAAAAUGCAUGGAAACAUUGAGAUGGGUGAACGUGUAGCAGGGAUUUUGAUGGGCUUGUUUCCACGUGAUAGUGGAUCUUAUGUAGCUCUCUCCAAUAUAUUUGCCUCUAGGGGAAAUUGGGAAGGAGUUGCAGAGGUCAGGCUAAAAAUGAAGGAAAUGGAUAUAAGAAAAGACCCUGGAUGUAGUUGGAUUGAGGUUGAUGGGGUGAUUCAUGAAUUCCUUGUAGAAGAUGAUUCCCAUCCUAGAGCUAAAGAAAUCCAUUCAAUGUUGGAGGAAAUUUCAAAUAGAUUGAGGUCUGUAGGCUAUAGGCCAAACACUACACAACUCUUGCUCAACAUGGAUGAAGAAGACAAAGAAAAUGCAUUGCAUUAUCAUAGUGAGAGGAUUGCCAUUGCCUUUGGUUUACUCAGUACAAGCCCCCAAACCCCACUUAGAAUCGUUAAGAACCUACGAGUUUGUGAAGAUUGUCACUCUUCAAUUAAACUAAUCUCAGAGAUCUAUAAACGUAAGAUCAUUGUAAGGGACCGGAAGCGAUUUCACCAUUUUGAGAAUGGGGCAUGUUCUUGUAUGGACUAUUGGUAGCUCCAUGCCUCUUUAUUAGUAAGGUUCAACCAUGGCAGGAGCGUGAGAAUCCUUGUCUCCUGAUAAAAUUUUGGAUUCGCAAAGAACCUAGGAUAAUGGAAUGAAAACAAGCAAAAAACAGUUUCAGCCAGAAAAUUUUAUGCUUGACUAGUCAAUGAUUAAGUGCCAAAAUCCAAGAGCAGCAUACAGAAUUGAAGAAGAAAACCAGGAGCAAGUUGGAAUUUGCCUGGAUUUUACUUUUGGGAUAGCUGGGGAUGCUUUUCCACCGAAGACUUGUCAACGCUUCUUGACAUCUUUUUAUCAGGAAUGGCUUUUGCAGGUGACAAGAUAAGAAACCAAUCAUAGCAUGUUUCCACCAUGCCAAACAAAAGUUCCAUGGAAGAAGAAAAUUCCAGUUGGUAUUGUAAGUCUCAGUGAAGGUAAUAAAUAAUUACUUUACAGCUUCA